AUGUCGUUUGCGUUUCCAUUGUGGGGUUUUUGUAUCGCGGUUAAGAUUAGAGGAUUAGGCCGUGCCGUAGGUAGGAUUGUUGGCAGAGGUCUGGGGAAAAGGGAUGGUGAUGAUUUUGAUGGUGCUCCCCAGCGUCGAAGGCCGACAGCAUUGGCACUCAUGCAACGGGUACCUAUCACUGUUGCCAAUGAUGUGCCUGCAGUACCAGAGGCUGAGCCUGCUAUAGCUGGCGAUGAGCCGAUGGAUACUGGUGCAGAGGAUGCUCUAGAUGAGGCUGAGGGAUUUCCUGGUGGACCUAGGGACCCAUCAGUGCUUACGGAGUAUGCUGAGCAUGUUGCAACUAGCGUAUGGUCCGGAGAGGAACGUCCUGAGUUGAAGUUAUCCUCCCAUGGGAGGAAGGUGCAUAAAUUAGGCAGACAUGUUCCUACAAUUGAGGAGAUGGUUAUUGGGACAGGAUUAAUUCCUUUGAUCAUGUGUUCAGUAGACACCGGCAAUCAUGGACUUAUAUCCUCGUUUGUCAAGAGGUGGCACCGGGAGACGAGUACUUUCCAUCUUCCAGUAGGGGAGGUAUCCAUCACGCUGGACGAUGUCGCGUCUUUUCUUCAUUUGCCGAUCGUUGGCGACUUCCACGCCUUCCAGCCUCUACACAUCGAUGAGGCGGUGCUAAUGUUGGUUGAGUUACUGAUGGUCUCACUAGAGGUAGCCAUGGCCAAGACACGACAUUGUUGUGGACCAUACGUACACCUGUCUUGGGUACGAGACAUUUAUCAAUGCAAAUGUCAAACCCAACACUGGACAGUUGCAGCUCGUGCUUAUCUUCUGCAUCCUCUGGGUUGCACUCUUUUUGCUAAUAAGAGUACAACCCAUGUUCAUGUUGUAUUCUUAGACGUCCUGCGUGACCUCACUCAGACUAGGAGGUAUGCAUGGGGAGCUGCUGGCCUCGUCCAUAUGUACGAUCAGCUUAAUGAUGCCAGUAUCAGCACCAGCCAACAGGUUUCUGGUUACAUCACGUUGUUACAGUGUUGGAUAUAUGAGCACUUUCCGUUAGUUGCAGAAUGCAAUGCUGAUCCGAACUACGACGAGACAUCAGAUCCUCCUCGAGAUGCAUCUGCAAUGCAGCCCAGACAAAUCCCUCAGGUGCCAGAGUCACGUAUCCCUCAGGAGCCAGCACCAACAUCGACACAUGUGGAUUCUGAUGCGGACGAGCCCAGGAGGUUUGUCAUUCCAUCGCAGAGAUGUUAG